AUGCAAUCCCAUCAAUACCCGAGUGGAAGUCCACCUCCGCAAACCCAACAUCAAACCUCCCAUGACCCUCGAUAUCGUACUCAUCAAAACGUUCAUGAUCCUCGAUAUCCUCCUCCCAACCAACAACACCUCUUUGAUGCCUACCUGUCUCAGGAUCUCCCCUACGAAGAAGUCCAGGGCUUGUACUCGACAUACAAUAUCCAACCAGUUGAUCUCAAUUAUCACCAGGACUCCCUUCAAUAUGGAGAUACUCCUCGAUAUGCUGAUACCGCUCGAUAUGGCGAUACACUUCGAGAUGCCGAUAUGGAACAUGACUUGGCGCGGGACGGACUUGGCCAUCAAGAUCCCCAGCUCCUCCAGAACCAACCUCACACGCCUCGAUAUGCCGAUAUGGAACGUGGCUUGGCACGGGACGGACUUGGCCAUCAAGAUCCCCAGCUCCUCCAGAACCAACCUCACACACCUCGAUAUGCCGAUAUGGAACGUGGCUUGGCACGGGACGGACUUGGCCAUCAAGGUCCUCAGCUCUCCCAGAACCAACCUCAUCAACCGUCACCGUUGCUUGCUAAUAUAAAUCGUCACAACACCCGCGCCUCACAGAACAGUCAAAACAUACAUGUUUUGAAGUUGGCUCCUCUCACUAGUGUUCCGAUAGUCCCCAACCCGGCUCAUUCCACUGCAAGAACUCAUAGCAUGGGCUCUACAGCCUCCCAUAUUCACGAGACUCCAGUCACCUCAGCCGAUUUGUCUCGAUUACCUGCUACUCAGCGUGAAUCUGAUCGCUCUAACGCGACUUCUAUUCAUGAGACUCAAGACACCUCAUCUCGCAGUUCUGGCGUUCCUGACUCUCGAUCAAUUGUCCCAGGCGAUGUACGACGUGCUCCUGAUCCUAUCCCGGCCCGUUCCCCAAGUCCAGCCAUCUCACUCAUCAACCCCAGCCCAACUCCUGCGGCAACGACAAAACUGACCCCGGCUGAUGUUAUGGAAGAUUUCAAAAAGAAAACGCUGAGCGAGUUGCGCGAUCUUCAACAUACUCAUAUCCGAUACAAGAAACUUAACUUAGCAAUCAAGAUUGAAGCACAAAACCUUUUUUUUGACUAUCAAAGAAAGCAGCAUCUAUUAUCGCUCAAAUAUAGCCGACCUUUCAAACUUCUGACCAAAUACCUCGGACAGCGCCGCACCCAACAAAAACAAAGCAACUGGCACAGUUUCCAGAAGACCAACCCAGCGGCCAAGGAGGCUCUCAAAAACACCAACAAUAACAUUGGUCAGCGCAACAAAGACGUCUCGAAGCUCUAUAAGCAGCAUGCCGGAACCCAAGCUGCGCUUCCCCCUCAAGCCAAUCCCAAUGCUGACAAAGUCAAUGAUCCCAAUGCCGAAGAGCGCGAACGAUUUGGUAAAAUAUUCAAAUCCGACCUAACCCUCCGGAAUGAGGUCAAGAAGUGGGGCCAAGGGGUCCAACUUAAGUUAAAGGAGCUCAGUGACUCUUUUGGAGUCGAAGGGUUCCUUGUUCUUGCUACACAGGACCACCGAAAGCCCCUGUUCUUUCAAGGAGGCAGUUUUCUCGGGGAUGAUUACCUCCGUGCACUCUUGGAAGAUGGUAAUCCCAUGCGCAAGUUUGCUAUGUGGACGGCGGGAUCGAAAGCGACCUCCAAGAAGAGGAAGAGCAGUGCUUUAGCAGCCUCUGGUAGCAACGAGACCGCUGAAAAUGUCGACGAUCAUCCUUCAAAGAAGAAGACUAAGUAUACAGUGGGUGCUUUUGAAAACCGAGAUUUUUGCCAAGGAGGCCUUGCUCUCAACCAUACAUAUAUUUCAAAGCAGCUUGGACUACUUUUCAAGGCCGCUCAGUCCAAGAAUAGCCUUGUGGACAAGCGUAGCCGCUGGCCUGGCACUGAAACAGUUCUCCGACUUGCGCGUAUCGAUCAUAAACUAGUUGUUCAUAGCAAUCCUGUGGGUCUCUCGGUUGAACAUCUUGUCGACGUUCCUGUCAAGAAGAUGUCAAUUGAGGAUACCUGGCUUGUCCUUCGAGGCUUGAAGAACAAGUGGAUUGAGUUGGUCGAGCACAAAUUUGAUUCCCUCCCGAAAUCAGUGGCAGUACGCAAACGCAACAUGGCAGCUGGGACAACCGCGAUCACAAGAGAGGAGGAUGACACUGAAUGUCAGCCUAUGUGA